AACCGAAAAAUCAAAACAAAACUAAAAACCUAAACAAAAAAAAAAAAAAAUAAACGUGUCAAUAUUUUUUAAUUUUCACAAUAACUUUAAACAAUUACAAUAUGCCACCCAAAUCUUUGGACAAAAAGGAUGAUUUUGAUGUAGUCAAAUACUUUCUAAAGUUAUUGGAUGACGACAAGGAUUUAUCAUCAGGCAUUGCUGCCAUUAAAACACUUCUAAUGAUUUUGGAAAAAAAGCAAUUUGGCACCAUUCAUAUAUUACAGAACACCAUGCUGGACGCGGUGGCCGCAAUGCGUAACACUGACCUUUCUAUAGCGGCUGUUGUGUCGGGUGGUGAAUUAUUUUGCCGUUUCAUUACACUCAGUUUGGAUGAUCGUGGCAUGGAGGAGUGUCGCGAAAUCAUGUUGCAUCGUGGAAAAAUCUUUUUGGCCAAACUUUUAAAUUCUCGUAACGUUAUUGCGAAACAAGCUCAAAAAUUUAUAACAGACGGUUGUCGUGUAUUGACCCAUUCAAGAUCUAGAGUAGUUUUGAAAGCCCUGCUAACAGCUGCAAAGGCCAAUAGGCAAUUUCAUGUCUUUGUAACCCAUGGCGGACCAGAUAAUUCGGGUAAACAAAUGAUCAGUGAUUUGGAGCGUGCGGGUAUCGAUUGUACUCUAAUAUUGGAUUCAGCUACUGGUUAUGUUAUGGAAUCGGUUGACUUUGUUAUGGUGGGAGCUGAAGCUGUAGUAGAAUCUGGUGGUAUCAUUAAUCGCAUUGGAAGUUUUACCAUGGGACUAUGUGCACGUGAAAUGAAGAAACCAUUCUAUGUUUUGGCAGAAAGUUUUAAAUUUACCAGACUAUAUCCUCUAAAUCAAAGGGAUUUACCAGAUGAGUAUAAGUAUUCUCGCAAACACCUGAGCGAUGUUUCAAAGGUUGAUCCUUUAGUUGACUAUACACCUCCGGCUUAUAUUACACUGCUCUUUACUGACUUGGGCAUUUUAACACCAUCCGCAGUUAGUGAUGAGCUGAUAAAACUUUAUAUGUAGACAUGUACGUGGUUAUAUUUAUUAUAUGCUUGAUGGAAUAAAAAAAUGGCAUAACAUAAAGUGGCUACAAAAGA